AUGGACGUCCUUCUGCUCUGCAGCUCUCUGCUCUUCUCUGCUGUCGGAGUGCUCGGCUCUGGAGAAGACGGCUGGUCCAUGAACGUGCAGCCGGAGGUACGAGCCACCGACGGUUACCCGGUGGUGCUGCCCUGCACCUUCAGUCACCCGCAGCACUCCCAGCAUUCCUCCCUGAAGGUGCUGUGGCGUCUGGGCCACGGUCAGGGCGCCACCGUCCUGUUCCGCUGCACCAGUCACCCCGGGCCCCCCACCUGUGAGCCAGGGCCCCAGCAGGACCAGCGCUACCGGCUGGAGGGAAACCCACGAGAGCACGACCUGUCGCUGCGAAUCAACAGUGCCACCCUGCAGGACAGCGGACGCUACUACUGCAGGGUGGAGGUUCAGGGACAAGAACACAUCAGCUUCGAGGACAAGAUGGGAACCAGACUGAGAGUAGAGGCUCCUCCAAAGAUCCUGGCUCUGUCAGUAGAGGGCAGCGAGCAGUCCGGGUACCGGGCUCUGUGCCGGGUGCAAGGCUCCCCUCUGCCGGACGUCCAGUGGCUCGGCCCAGACGAGCUGCUGGAGGGGUCAGUGGUCGGCCCGCUGGCUCAGGGUACGCCGGCCCACUACCAGACCGUCAGCCAGCUGCGAGACGUGGAACCGGGCCAGCACUACACCUGCAGCGCCUCCAACCCACUGGGCAAAGAGCAGGCCGCCCUGUACGUCCUGGCCCCCCGGCCGCCGCUGUCUGUGGGCGGAGCGUCGCCUCCUCUCCUGCUGCUCCUGACGCUGUCGGUGGGGGCAAAGGUCAUCCUGCUGGUGGGGGUGGGGGUGUGGUUGGUGCAGGGCGGCGCUCUGCAGGUGGUCGGCUGCUGGUGGAAGUAACGUCAUUCAAUUUAAUACAUGCUGCUUUUUGUCCUAAUUUUGUUAUGUGUACUUAUUAAUUAUGACUUUAUUUCAUGGAUCCUUAUAUUUCCAGAUCAUUUCCUUUAAGUUUUAUGAAAAGAACUGUGACGUGUUGUAAAACCUGAAAUGACUCUUACUAAACUGAAUAUUAUUAAAUAUUAUUAUAUUC